GGGUGUGAUAGUAGCAUCGUUUACUCACAUUGGUGGUGUAGUUUUUCCACAUUUUUUUGUUUGUGUUUUAUUUUUCUUUACUUGCGGAAUGUUUUGUACAGUUCCUGCUGUUGUUUAUCAGUAUUAGUUUAUUUUGUGAUAGGUGGCGUUUGUUUUUUAAGCCGUGUUACUUUAGUUCGAAGCUGCUCUCGUAGUUAGGCGAGAUGUUGCGCUCGAGUCCUCCGCGUUCGUUAGAUUAGCUGCUUAACGGACUUACGGCUCGUUUGCUCGUUAGCAAAAUAACUAAACCUCUGCCUUGCGUGGUUUUCCUGUCGCCCGGGUUAAAGCAGACUGGACUUGGGUCCAUGGUGUGUAUCUAAGUGUAUGUUAAUGUCCCCGCCAUGCCCAUUAAUUCCUAAAAAUGUGUUUAGUCUUUAUUUUGUAGAUUUCAUUCGAGCUUCUUUGAGCAUGACUUCUGAACCUGAACAGUCAUCCCUGCGUUUUGGGCAGGUUGUUAUUGGGCCACCUGGUUCAGGUAAAACAACCUAUUGCCGUGCAAUGCAAGAGUUCUUGAGCCACCUGGGCCGCAAAGUGGUUGUUAUAAACCUGGACCCUGCAAACGAGGGACUGCCAUACACAUGUGCUGUGGACAUAUCAGAGCUGGUCACCCUUGAUGAUGUAAUGGAGGGUCUGAAACUAGGCCCUAACGGUGGUCUUAUUUACUGUAUGGAAUAUUUGGAGGCCAAUUUGGACUGGCUGGAGGGUAAGCUGAAGAAGCACCAUAAUUACUACUUCCUUUUUGACUGUCCCGGCCAAGUGGAGCUUUACACUCAUCAUAGCUCAGUCAGAAAUAUGUUUGCCCAGCUGUCCAAGUGGAACUUCAGGUUGACCGCAGUGCAUUUGGUGGACUCCCAUUACUGUGCUGAUCCAGCCAAGUUUAUUUCUGUGCUCUGCACCUCCCUGUCAACCAUGCUCCAGGUGGAACAACCUCAUGUCAACGUUCUCUCUAAAAUGGACCUUAUUGAGCAGUAUGGCAAGCUGGCUUUUAACCUGGAUUUCUACACUGAGGUUAUGGACUUGUCAUACCUGGUGGACCAUCUGGCCGUGGAUCCGUUCUUCAAGAAAUUUCAUGGUCUGAAUGUGAAGUUGGCUGAGGUGAUUCAGGACUACAGCCUGGUGUCUUUUGUGCCUCUGAAUGUGCAGGAUAAGGAGAGCAUGAUGCAAGUCCUGCGUGCAGUUGACAAAGCCAAUGGCUACUGUUUUGGUGACUUGGAGGAAAGGAAUCUCCAGGCAAUGAUGUCUGCUGCUGUGGGUGCAGAUUUUCAAUUCACCUCAACUCUUGGAGUGCAAGAGAAAUAUGUAGGACACAGCAAAAAGACUUUGGAAGAAGAGGUUAUGGACUUGUAACAGUAUCUUUCCUAUUAAAAGUCUAAUCUUAGCGCUUGAUAGUUUGAUAUAUGGUUAUUUUUAGUUUGAUGACUUGUAUUUUGUAGGAUGUAUUUCAGUUAUGCAAGUCUUUUUUUUUUCUCAAUAAAAUAAAUAAUAAAAAUAAAUGUUUAUUCUCAUUUAAUAUCUAA